AUGCCCCAGAAGACGCCGGAGACCAAGAAGAAGGUUGCGUCGCCGAAGAAGAGGAUGUUCACGAAUAAAGUGGUGAUUGUGACCGGCUCCAGCAGCGGGAUUGGCAAGGAGGCGGCCAGGUUGUUUGCUAAAGAGGGAGCCGCCGUUGUGUUGCAUGGACAGAAUCAGGAGAGAUUGCAGGUCGGUGAAAUGAAGGGUAAUUAUCUUUGGAGACCCAGAGAUCGCACCUCGCACAUCCUCAUCUUCAUUUACAGGGAGUGGAAAGGGAGUUAAAAGAGAUGUUCCCCGGUGUGAAAACAAUGACUAUUGCCGGCCCGAUUCAAGACGAGAAAACAUGGAACCGAAUUGUCAACUGCACUGUUGACAAGUUCGGACGAAUCGAUGUUCUCUUGAACAAUGCUGGAGCCAGCGACGAUGGCAAGGAUCCACGGAGUCUCGACUGUCUUCAAUUCUGCAUGGAUGUGAAUGUAAAAAGGUAUGGAUAUUGACGAAUUUGUCGUCUUUAAACAUAGGCUAGGGUCUGAAAAUGGUGGCUGAAGUGGAGUUUUAGGGGCUUUGGUGGUUCAGCAAAUACAUUUUUCCCCUUUCCAGUGUAAUCGGAAUGACACGAGCUUGCGCUCCCCAUCUCAAAAAGACCAAAGGCAACGUGGUCAUCACCAGCUCGGGGGUGGCCCGCAAAAUUCAACCCGCAAUUCCCAUGUACGCGAUCAGCAAAGCCGCCGUAGAGCAUUACGCUCGGCACGCCGCCUUCGAAUACGCCGCGGAUGGGAUUCGCGUGAACUGCGUUGCGCCCGGAAUCAUCGAGAGUGCGUUCCAUGAACGUGGGGCCAAUCCGCAUCCGGACGCCGCCAAAGCGGCGGCCGCGAUGGUGCCGCUGAAGAGGAUGGGAAAGCCGGAAGAAGCGGCGGCUAUGAUGGUGUUUGUCGCCAGUGACAAGGCCAGCUACAUCACUGGGGAAUUCUUCGGAGUCAACGGUGGACUCAUGAUAAAACCAUAA